AUGGGCUCCACUGUCGCUACGCCAAGUAUGAGAGUCCUUGUCUGUCCGUCUGGCUUCAAGGGCAGCCUUCAGCCCAACGAGGCUGCAGACUGUAUCGAAGCCGGUAUCCUUGCCGUCGAACCUAAUGCUUCGGUACGCAAAGUUCCGUUGGUUGAUGGAGGUGAAGGUUUCACCCAAGCCAUUGUCACAGCCACAGGCGGGUCAAUGCACCGUGUACACGUGGUUGGACCUGUAGGAGAAGAAAUCCCGUCAUUCUUUGGCCUCCUUGGUCGCAAAGACGAUGAACCAGCCACGGUGGUCCUUGAAAUUGCUGCUGCUGCUGGCUUGAGCUUAGUCCCGCCCAACCGUCGCAAUCCAGGCAAGACAACAACGUUUGGGGUUGGGCAACUCAUCCUUGCGGCGCUUGAUGCUGGAGCUACUCGCAUUCUAAUUGGGUGCGGUGAUUCUGGGACGUGUGACGGUGGCGCGGGGAUGCUUCAAGCUCUCGGUGCAAGACUGGUCGAUACCCGAGGACGCGUCCUCCCCCUGGCUGGUGGUGGCGUGUCGCUCUUGGAUCUUGGUUCCAUUGACCUGACUGGGGUCGACAAGCGUGUCUUGAAAGCUAAAAUUGACGUCGCUGUGAAUUGGCAUAAUGUGCUCUGCGGACCAGGCGGAGUAGCAAAUGUCUUCGGUCCCCAGAAAGGAUCAACCCUAGAACAAGCCGCUCGUCUAAGUCUAGCCAUGGAGAAUCUGGCAGAAGUUGCUACAGGUAUUCUCUGCGACAAAAACGUCCGACUUGCUCCUGGUGGCGGUGCCUCGGGAGGUCUUGGAACAGGCUUGCGCUUGGUAGGAGCUACACUCCGACCCAGAUAUGAGGUUAUUAUGCAGUACAUCAACUUGCACAGUAUCUUUGACGACUGCGAUCUUGUACUUACUGCGGAGGGGGGCAUUGACGAUCAAACGCCGAGGGGAAAGAUCCCCGCAGAAGUGGCCAGACUGGCCAAGAAACAUGGACUUCCUGUGAUUGCCAUCGCUGGUACGAUUGGACAGGGAGCGAGGGUGAACUAUGAUAUCGGGAUCGACGCGUUCACGUGCAUUAUCCAGCGGCCAAUGAGCUUGGAUGACGCGGUUUUGGAAGCGGAGAAAUUGACCCCACUAUCAUCUGCUAAUAUGUGCUGUGGCGGCGGCGGCAGUAAGCGCAAGCACAGGGGCGGAGGAGGAGGAGGCGGCGCGAUGAUCAAUAGUCUCGCGUAUGGCCAAGCUAUGGGUUUUCAGACGCCACCUCCCAGCCCGUCACGAUUCAGUUCUAAAAGCAAGAGGCUCAACCACAUCAAGGUGGAAGCAACGACAAGGCAACUCCAAGAUACAGGCUCCCAAGCUUGGGAUCAGUCGUUCUUUGGAGCGUCCAACGGCUUCCGGAAGGGAAAGUCAAGGCACAGAGCCAGCCAGGGCAGUGACGCGAGCCGGCGCUCCAACUUUGGCUCUAAUGGCUCCAUUCGUUCCACGACACCUACCAAUCCCUGGCCACAACCUCUACCACAGAGUAUGUUCGUUGGGAAGCCGUCGCGGGAAAUGCCAACUCCAAGUCCUAGUUUCCGUGGAAAACUUAAAGCGUCAAAGGCUGGUCUAAACGGGAUGGCACAAACCGCUGGGGGAUUUGGUAAGGACCUUCUUGGACUGAAUCUGUCUGUGGCCGCUACACAGGCGGCUAGCAAUUGGGGUGAUACUGGACGUCAAUGGAAUGCGGGAAAACGGCGUAAAGUGUUUUUCUAG